CAGGGCCGCACCAGGCAGUCCUGGAUGGCCUUACAAGCCCAAGUAUCUCCAGCUCAAGGAGAAGCUAGAACGGGAGUUCCCUGGAUGCCUGGACAUUUGUGGUGAGGGGACUCCCCAGGUCACUGGGUUCUUUGAAGUGACAGUAGCCGGGAAGUUGGUUCACUCCAAGAAGAGAGGUGAUGGCUAUGUAGACACAGAAAGCAAGUUUCGGAAACUGGUGACCGCCAUUAAAGCUGCCCUGGCUCAGUGCCAGUGAACCCUGGAGGCAGGGUCCUGGGACCUCCUGACAGCCGCCUUAUGACAGGAAAGACUGAAAUGUGUCAAAGACCUGUGGUUUUUCCUCGAUGUUCCUGCGGCCACCAAGUGAGGCCAGAUGUCUCCCACCUAUUUACCUGCCUCGGUUUCCCUUCUCCGCAGCUCAGACUGCAAGAAGAUAAGCAGCCAUCUUGCCAGCUGUUCCCAGUUGAAUAAAAGUUAGACGAGGCAAC